AUGAACACCAAAAGAACCCUACGGUUUUGGCUGUUUGCAACUGUUGCCAUUGCUCUACUUUCCAUCAUUCUCUCUUUCUACACCCAAAAUUUUGGCCUGCAUACAGGUCGUAGCCACCGCCACCGCCACCACCGUAGGCCGCGUGAGGUCACUUGUGAUGAGAGCAAGUGGAAGUCGCCGCUCAUAUCGAAAUACAAAGUGUUGCUUGUUCUGACCGUUGAUCAUAAGGGUUGCGGAAAAUUCAACAGUUUGCAGAAGGCAGUGAAUGCUGUUCCUGAUUUUAGCCAAAAAGCAACACUUAUCAUACUUGAUUCAGGCACAUACAGGGAGAAAGUGGUGGUGCACCAUAAUAAGACCAAUUUGAUAGUUCAAGGCCAGGGUUAUCUCAACACCGAAAUCGCUUGGAAUGACACUGCAAAAUCAGCCCGAGGCACCGUUUACAGCUACUCGGUUGGCAUUUUUGCUCCGAAGUUCAUUGCUUACAACAUUAGUUUUAAGAACACGGUUCCUGAAGCAGCUGGACUUCAGGCAGUGGCACUAAGGAUCGCAGGUGAUCAAGCAGCUUUUUAUGGGUGUGGAUUUUAUGGGUUUCAAGACACUCUUCAUGAUGAUGCAGGAAGACAUUAUUUCAAAGAAUGUUUCAUUCAAGGAUCAAUUGAUUUUGUCUUUGGAAAUGGUAGAUCACUCUAUAAGACUUGUACGCUGAACUCAGUAGGAACUGGUCGUGGGAUCAGUGGAGCGAUAACAGCACAAGGGAGGAACUCAAAGAACGAGAAAACGGGGUUUUCGUUUGUGAAUUGUAGGAUCGGAGGCCGCGGUAAGGUGUGGCUUGGGAGGGCUUGGGGUCUACAUGCAACUGUUGUCUUCUCUAAAACUUUCAUGUCUGAAAUUGUUUCUCCUGAAGGUUGGAAUAACUGGAGAGACCCCAAUAGAGAUCAGUUAAUUUUCUUUGGACAAUACGAGUGCUCGGGUCCUGGUGCGAAUUUAAAAUAUAGGGUCCCAUACGCGAAACAUCUAAACCUAGAACAAGCGGCUCCUUACAUGAACAUCUCUUUCGUCGAUGGAAAGGAAUGGCUAGCUUUCUCGUGA